AUGAACAGAAACAAACAGAAACAAGCCAACAUAAUACGGACAUUGCCAUAUAGGGUGGGUACCACCAUGUAUCUAUCGCCUAUACCAUCCAGCACCAUGUACCAUUUAGCCAACGUCGUCAUUGCUAUGGAAUGUAAUUUAACCUACAUAAUGAAGCUUUUCCAACGAAGACAACAAGUUGACGGAAACUUUAACAUGAACAAUCAAACUUAA